AUGUCUGAUGUUUUUAUGAUUAAUAGGAGAAUUCAAGAAUGCGUUGAUUCGUACUACAAAAGUGACCUAACUCCGCUCAAUGGAUUUAUUAAUGACUGCUUCAAAAAACUUGAUGACAAAAAUAUUUUCAAACUUAAAUUACUUAUCGAAAGGCUUGAAGACGGAAUAUUUUGGAAUGGAGUUAAAAAUUGCUGCCUGUUCGACGAGUUUUCUGUUUCAACAACGAUUCAAAACUACAACCAAAUCAAAUUUCCUUCGACGGCCACUCUUUUCAACGUAUUAGAUUUCAUUGCUACUGUUUCCAAAUGUAAUCCAAUGCAAAUCGCAUUAUCAUUAGCCGGAAAAGACAUUGAUUUAAAUAAGAAUGUUUCUUUAUUUCCUCAAAUAGAUUAUAAAAUCAAUCAAAUAUCUCCUCCAUAUAUCAAGCCAAUAACUGAACUUCCGAAUAUUGCAAAUUCACUUUAUUUAGACAAAGACAAACUAAAUAAAUUAUAUGCUUUCAUGAAACAAGGAAAUGAAAACGCCUAUCAUAUAUUAAACAAAUUACCAACAGUUGAAGAUGAAAUUAAAGCCAUGAGUGCAUGCAAAUCAUACAACGAUCUCUUCCCAGAAACAAACAAAGCAUUAAUUCUUUACAGAUUGAACUUUCUCGGCUUGCAAUUACAACAUAGACCUGAUGAUAUCAUGGAACUAUCAAAGAGGUUGUGGGAUUCAUACAUGGUAAGGCUUGCUCUUAGAGCAAAAUUUUCAAAAAACAAUGAUGAUAUAUUAUUAGCUAUUUUAGUUGCAGAAAGAGUUAUAUUACUAUCAGAUCCGAAUACAACAGCAAGAAUCCUUAUCGAAGAUAACGCUAGAGAGCUUGCAGAUCUGAUUUACCAAAAAAGAGAAAAUGAAAAUAUAGUUUAUCAUCUUUUAAACAUCAUAAAGGCAGCAAGACCAUCAAACUUAUGCCAAUACGGUUCAUUUCUUGACUUCUUUUUGUACGAAACGUCAGAUGACCGACCAAAAAUUAUUAAUAUCUUGACAGAGAUAAGUAAUUUACAAAUAAUAGCCCCAGCAAUCGACUAUUGCUUUAUCAACAUGGAGCAAUGCAUGAUUAAGGAUGCAACUUUUCUUUCUCUUCUUUUGCCAUAUAUCAGCUUUUUGACAGAAAAUCCGAAAUUCCUGUUGAAUAUGAUGCUGACGUAUAUGUAUAAAUUUAUUCCUGACCCCGCUAAUAAAUCUGACGCUUAUCGUCCGCCAACAGAGCACUUUGUCGAAUUGUUCGUCAUCACAUUGGACAAAAUCCUCGACGAUGUGCAAGACCAAUUCAUAGAGAAUGCGAAACAGACUGUUUUGGAGUUUUUCGGAAACAAAAUUUUAUUUUCGGAAUUGAAAACUUUCCCGAUUAGCGAUACAGUCAUUGAUUUAGUAUUAAAGCUCAUAAAUAGUGACAAUUGCCACUCAAUUUCAAGGUGCGCCGAUAGAAUUUGCAAAGCAAAAUUAGAAAUUCUCUACAAGUUCUCAAAAUUUUCAGAAUUGAUGACCACUAUUAAGAAAUAUACCAAACAUGAGGUCAAAUUCUACCCAGCUCCAACGAAAAGUACGUUUGAAAGUUCGAAAGAUGAUAUCAAACGGAAUUCUGACAAAAUGGACUUCGCAAAGCAAUAUUAUGAUAUGCUACUUAAAGGGAAUUUGAAGGACAUCGAUUACGUCGAAACAAUGAUUUUUAAUUUGAAAAAUGAAAAAGCACAAGAGUUCGCUGACCGUUUUGUUGCACUCUGCAAAGAGAAAUUCCCUGAUAAUCUAGAGCGCAGAUACCAAAACUGGUUCAAUGCUUUGGUAAAUCUGCUGAACGAUCAAAAAAGAACGAUAGUUAAGAAUUCUUUGUUUGACCUUUUUCCUUACAUGAAGGAAACAAAGGAAAUUUUUAAGAUUGCUCUGUAUAACAUACAAAGAGUGUUUGAGUUAUGCGAAAAGGGACAAACAGCAUUGACUAUUAUCUAUUUUGAGUUACUUAGAAAGCUUUAUUCCCUUGAUCACUUCGAAGAUCUUUUGACAUCAAAUAUUGAAUCAAUUUUAUCGUUCAUUAGCCUUCCAAAGGUGUUUUUACACCAGUUAACAUUAUUCUUAGAUGAUAUUUUCUCAGGAUCGGCCGAAUUCUAUCAGAAAUUCUUUGAUAAAUUUAAGUUUGGUUAUAUCUUAAAUUUAUUCAACGAAAUAACCAUAGAAGAUCCAGAUACACAAUUGCUCAUAUCACUUUUCUUGGCAAAGAUCGUUCCACAGUCAGAUUUUGUCAAAUUCUUGGAUUCUACUUAUAUGAAGACAUUAUGUCUGCUUUUACAUGACGAGAACAUUAGUAUCACUAUAUACUCAAGACUUAAGAAUAAUGUUCAAAUUAUUGGACAAUCUCAAAAUAUUAUGAGUUAUUUGUUGAUAGAUAAGGAAAUACAGAACCCAUCCUUAUAUUUCAUUGUUAUUUGUACAUUAAUACUUGAGAAUUAUCCAGAUUUAAUUGAUAAUUUCAUUCAAAAACAAUUAUAUUUAAUUAUUUACACAAAAAUUGUAGAUUAUUGUCUCCAUAAGACACCUGAAGUCACAACUGUAUAUUUCUACUCCCUCUGCGACUUCCUUUUGGUAUUUAACACCAGAUUCCACACAAGAUUCUUCUCAAACACACAUUCAAACGGAAACAGCUUCUUAAGAAUCCUUGGCAGUGAAUACCAACAAAAUCCAGCGUUUCCAACAGAACUAAUCAACUUUGCCAUACAAAGUGAAGGAGAAACAGCAUCAAGAUUGUUGGAUUUGCUUUUUUCAUUCGCAAUAUUGACGUAUUCGAUCAUUGAUGCAAUUUCUUUUGCAAUUCCAAGUGGUUUUGUCACAAAAUUUUCAAGAUUUGAAGAUCAAUGUCAAAAAGCAGCGGAAUUACUUUGUUUUUGCCUCCAAAACUCAUCUGAACCAGGAAAAGCAGCAACAAUACUUAAGAUGCAAGUGAAUUCCGUUGUUGACAACCCAGAAAAAUUUAUAUCAGAUUUAUCUUAUGUUUAUGAGCCUUUCUUUGAUAAGAAGAAAGGUGUUCCAGCAUUUAUUGGACCGGAUGAUGCCAUUGAUAUCAUUCUUCUUUGGUCAAAUUGUCCUCUUUCCAUUUCUUCCCCAAUGUUGUUUUUAAUUACACAUAAAAAGUUCUUCCAUGGUCCGAAUUACAACGUAUGGAUACACAACAUCUCUGAUAUCAUCGAUGUAACCAGCCAGGCAAAGAAUUACAGUAUAAAAUACCUUCAUAACCUGUAUAUUUUCAGACAGAGGCUAUCAGAGAGGUUUGGAAUAUUGUUUGGACCAUUUAAAAUCGAAGAACAGUUCUAUAACCAGAUUCAGAAUAUUAACUCUGAAAGAUCUAACCAAGUAAUCACCAUGUUUAUUAAAAAAUAA